GCCACAGCUAGCUUUCCCGCUCGUCCCCUUUCCGUCACCAAUGUAGGUUGCCCCCAGACAGCCAGCCAAUCAGGAGCGCGGUGGCAUCUUGCCCUCGCUCUAAGGCACCUAGCGGUCGGAAUUUGGGGGAGUCAGCGGCGCCGCCUAUCUCUGGCAGCAGGCGGUGGUUUAAAGGAGGUGGCGAGAAGCCGGUGUUUGGUCGAAUUCGUCACUCUCAUGGUCGCUUGGAUUUUUCACAUUCAAAAUUAACAAAACAAAAUAAGCCAAGAUGUCUGUUGAUCCGAUGACCUAUGAGGCCCAGUUCUUUGGCUUCACACCGCAAACUUGCAUGCUUAGGAUCUACAUUGCAUUUCAAGACUACCUAUUUGAAGUGAUGCAGGCUGUUGAACAGGUUAUUCUGAAGAAGCUGGAUGGCAUCCCAGACUGUGCGAUUAGCCCAGUCCAGAUUCGUAAGUGCACGGAAAAGUUUCUUUGCUUCAUGAAAGGACGUUUUGAUACCCUUUUUGGCAAAAUGGAGCAGCUGUUUUUACAGUUGAUCUUGCGUAUUCCCCCAAACGUCUUGCUUCCGGAAGAUAAAUCUCAGGAGACGCAUCCUUAUAGUGAGGAAGAAUUCCAGCUUCUCCAAAAAGAAAUUGAACAGUUACAGGAGAAGUAUAAGACUGAAUUAUGCACUAAGCAGGCCCUUCUUGCAGAAUUAGAAGAGCAAAAAAUUGUUCAGGCCAAACUCAAACAGACAUUGUCUUUGUUUGAUGAGCUUGAGAAUGUUGGCAGAGACCAUGGGACUAGUGAUUUUAGGGAGAGCUUGGUGUUCCUGGUCCAGAACUCCAGAAAACUACAGAAUAUUAGAGACAAUGUGGAAAAGGAAGGCAAAAGACUGAAAAUAUCUUAAUGUCUAAAUAGUAAAAGGAGUUUGUCAGAAGGUGGAAUGAUAAGGGGUUUAUAUCAAUGACCAUUCUGAUCCUAGUGAACUGUGUACUUUUGGGGGGUCUCCUUUGUUCACUCUUUCUUGUAUUCCACAUCCUCCUCCUUUUUGGUCCACUCUCCUGAAGCAUCUAUGCACUACCUUGAGCUGAUCUUUGAAGCAUCUGUGCUUAGCAGCCUCUAAUGGGUGGGAAGGGAUUCUUGGUCUAAUAACGACUCAUUUGGGGGCAUGACUGAAGAAGUAAAGCUUUUUCCCUGGCCAUUCAAAGAUAUUUGUAAAAGUUGUACCUUGGUCAUGAGUCCUCUGUAACCUUGAUCCUUUUGCCUUACUCUUUGGAUGAGACCAAAUGAGAAAAAGGUUAAGUGGGCACCUUCUUUAUUAACCAGCCACUGCACUGCGGGACAGCCAACACAGACUGCUUGUUCUUGCCCAGUAACUUUUCUCACACAGGGACUUCAAUAACUCGUUCAAGGAAGCAAGUAGCAGAAAAAACAACUAUGACCUUUAGAAAGAAGAAAGAAGUUAUUUUGUUUCUAAAAUAAAUCCUUUCCAUGAUCAAGGCCUUGGUGAGGUUAAAGAGUAUACUGUCUUGGAGGCCAGCAAUGGAAGACUUUGGACAAAAAGGAAGCAGAUUUCACUGGCAUAGAAAAGGAAGCCUGGAACAUAUCCAAUAGCAAAAUUUAUAUUAACUGACUAUUAGGUAUUUAUACCAUUUUUUUUUCACGCUUCAGUUAGUUUUGGAAUCUGCCUUGUACCUAAUAUUUAAUUAACUUAUUUAUUCACACUCAUAAGCAUCAAAUAUUUAGUACUCUCAGUGAUAAAUUUUAGCUGUGUCUUGUGCUUAAAUUCAAUGGAGUCUAAUAUUUCCUUUUGUAACUAAUCCAUGUAAAAUGUUAGAUCACCCAAGGAAAGGGGAGAAAUAGCAAUAGUUGCUCUUAAGGUAUUACUUGCCUUCCACGUCUUCCUAAAGAACAGGAUUUGGAGUUUCUCCUUUAUAUAGAAGUGUAACUUAGGGUAUUAAUAUUUGCAAUUAAAUAUUCAUCAGUUUAGGAAGCCUGUGUUUACCUGGAAUAUGUUUAUUAUCAAAGAGUCCUUUUUUCCAAUC